AUGGAGGACUGGGAAAUACCGGAACAAGAUGACUUUGAAUCUCGCUAUGCGGAUGAAUUAGAGAUGUUGGAUGAUUUGGACGAAGAAGGUAAGUUUUCAGUAGGUUUUUUUCUCGUCAACGUACGUAAAAGGAGAGCAGCCACGAUCUGCGGUGUUUGCAAUAUUUUGAUAAGAGCGUCCUUACAUGUAGCAUACUAUUCAAAGCAAGAAUGUUAAAAUGAAUGUAAAGUUUAAUAAAGUUUAUGCGCCUUUGGUUGUUCGGUGUCGAAGACAACAUAGCCAAUGCAAGUGGCCAAGGACGUGUGAUUCCUCUCGAUUCCACUCUCACCUCACGCGUCUCUUCUUCAUUGAGGGAACCAAUAAAACUCACGAGUGACGGGAGACAAAGAAAGUCAAAACAAGAGAGCCCAAGAAAACGAUAGCUUUAAAACAAUACAACACCAAACCAGACCUUCACUUCAAUGCCCAUAUGUUGUGGUUCAACUUUGUCUUGAUUUAGAUUUUUUUCCUUUGUUUUUAGUUAUGGCAACGCAUGAUAAUGAAUUUCAAAGAAAGGCAAAUUAAAUUUAAACCAAGUAUAAAAUUGAAGAAUGUCUGUAAGUGGAGUAAUAGAUGUUGCAGUUAAUUUUUAUUUCGGUUAAUUUUUUUUUGGCUUUGUUUUGGUAAUGAAUGAUUAAAGAAAAAACAAAAAUUAACUGAAAUAAAAAAUUACCUGCAACAUAUACAUCAAAAUAGUACAGUGGCAGGCCCAGGAUAGAUCCCUGUGGAACACCACAGUUCAAGUGAUGUGACCCAGAGGUUGCAUCAUAGGUCAUAACAAACUGGAUUUGCUGUCUUCCUAAAUAAUGAUAUUUUUGGGUACAAGAAGGGCUUGCAAAAAAAUUUAAAUUUCAGCUUGUCUUUUGGACAAGCAGCUGUCAUGUUUUUCUUGCUCAGGGCCACUUCUUGCACUUUCUAGUUAAUGAUUUUAUUAGAGGAUGGCCUGCCUGGACCCUGGCCCAUUGUGCAAGUAAUUUUUAAAAGUUACCUGCUCAGCAAGAAAAUCAACUUGUUUCAGACUACUGGAUGGGACUUUUUUCGAGCCUUGAAGGAGUUAACAAAUCCCAUGCCAUUAAUUUUUACACAGAUUUUGCUCCAUCAAAGAGGAGCCUGAAUUUUCAUGAUGAUAAGAAAGCUGGUGAAAAUGGACUGACUGUGAAUGGAUUUCAUCAAAACAACAACACGGCAGCACGAACUAAGUCAAAGAAAAGAGAUUGUGAUGAAUUGUUCUUACCUCUCUCUGAUGACGAUGAUGAUACUAAUGGAAAGGACAAACUUGAUUCCACUCCAGGUAAUGAAACACUCGAAAUUAAGGUGCAUCUACAUCACCAACCGUCCUGAAAAGUUAUGCAUCAGUAAAUUCCAUCUGCACCCUCCCCCUGCCCCCCUUCCAGGCCACUGUGAUGCAUUUUUCUACCUUGUCAGUCCCAGAGGUGGGGCAUUAGCAAAUUUUGUGCUGCCCACGGGUUGGGCAUUUACCAUCCCUGGGGCCACCCCGGAGCUUUUGAUAUGUGCAUGGUUUCCUAUCCGAAAAUAUAAAUAAAUAGAGGAUUUUACUGGAAACACAAGCAGAUUGGCUCAUCUGGAUGGGAAAAACUUGUAGAGGGUUGUAAAGGCAUGUUGUUGAUUUUAUGCAUGCAUUUCUUCAUUGGUUUGCAAGCCAAAAUUACAUAGCAAAAUAGGCAGCUAUCGAUGGGAAUCACCUUUUUUUGUAUUAAAUAAAAUUUCUGUUGAUAUUAUUUGAAGAACUUCCAAUCAUGCUUUUAAACUAUUCAGAACAGAUAACUUUACAGUGCACUUUAGCCUUGAAUGUCAACAAUUUUUCUUACAAACAGUUGAAACAUGAUAAAUAAGUACAUUGAAACCAUAAACUGGUGUCAUCACAGUGUGAAGCCCCAGGGUGUAGUCCUGAUUUCAAGUGACAGGGAUGAUCAAAUGGGGGCAAAAUCAAAACCCCCAAAAAAUCCUUAGGGCCUCCAACAAGGCCCAAAAAUGUCUCUUUACCAAAAAAUAACAGCAAAAAAAUUCCCAUGCCGAUUUUGCCAAGGCUAUUGGACACAACAUUUUUUGCACACUGAUUAUUUGUGUCAAAGUUUGUAAUACAAUCCAUGUAUAAACCUUGCAGCUCCUUGUAGAAAGAAAGCUCGCCUUAGUCCAGUAAAAAGUGGAGAUGCUAAUGACAUAAACCAUCAACUGCCUAACUUUGGAAGUGUACGCAGUCCACUGAGACAGCUUCAACCCAACCCAUUGCUGAACCAGAAUUAUGCCAGCGUUGAUAGAAAGUCAAGUGAAUUGUGUUCAGCUAAGCCAGAGAGAAGGAGGGUAUUUCGCAGACCUCCUAUGAGUUGUGAGUCAGUCUCUGUUACAAGAACAGAUGGACAGAGACUUUACUUGUCAAUCAAGUGUGACAGGGAUGAAGAGAAAUCUUCAACACAGUCUAAGGUACAUAAAUGCAAUCAUGACUGUUUUUAAUAGAAUCACAUCAUUCUUACCAAUUGUUACAAACUGGGUACCCUCUUGAGGGAGAGCCAUUGCAUUCUGUUGGACUACAUGAUGACAUUUUACUAUUGCAUUUGUUUUCAUCAGCAUUACAUUCUCACUUUAUAAUAGUAACAGUAAUUAUUAUACAUUGUACUCACAAUCUGUCUUCUCAUUGGCUAAGAGCCUGCACCUACAUGUAUUUUUUGAAAUCAGCACAACCUACAGAUUAGUCAGUUAUCUGUAGGUUGCGCACAAAAUGCAUGAUUUCCAAUGACAAUAUCAAUUCAGGUUCCUUGUGAUGGUGUGUUUGUCAUUAUUUUCUUCGAAAACAAUGUAUAAUAAAACAAUUAUUAAAUUCGGUUUUUGUGAUAUCCUAAAUUUAAUAAUCAAGGUCUCGGUAAGUGUUAUCACCCUCGGCCUUCAGCUCGGCUGGUAACACUUACCUUGACCCUGAUUAUUCUGGAUAUCACAAAAACUUCAUCCAACAAUUGCUUAUUAUUAUAGUCUCUGGGAGGUGCUCAGAUUUGACUGUUCAUCAGAUCUGUACAUGUGCAUGUACAGCAAAACGAGAGCGACUGACAUCAAUUUUCUUCUAAUGAUCAAUUCCUCAGCAAGAGAAAAGGUUAUUGGAAAUGAUCACUAAGGGAAGAUGCUUUGAUUUUUUUUUAUCAAAUACUCUCAGCUAGUUCUUAAGGAAAUUUCAGAGUUCAGUGUGGCAAAUUUGUUUGUGAAUACCACAAUGUGCAUGCAUGAUUAUUAUUGUUAUUAUUAUUGUUCAGUUAAUGCUAGUGACAUCCAUAACAAUCAAACCUCUCCUGAUUAGCCAUUAUGAUACAGCAUUAUGGUGUACAAUUUUUUUGGCACUGUCAAUAUGUCUGUUGCAAACAGUUCUCUUGGUCCUCACCUAAAUUACUGUAUUUAACUCACAUUAGUUAUCCUGAAUAACAAUGCAUGUCUUUCUACUCUCCCAGGCAUCCAAAAAGAAACUAUUCAGAAGAGGACCAGGAAACUCACUUCAGCUGCUGUCAGUUCCAUUUUCGGUCCUGCGUGAACAUGUUGAAGAGGAGGUAUGUUUAUGUAACUGGACUGUAAUCUAUUUUUUUUAACAGCUUUAUCGGGUUUCAUUAUCUUAUACAUAAUUACGUAAAAACUUUUUACAAAAAAAAUAAAAAAUGAGAUUUAAAGAAGAAAAAAAGGUUAUAUACCCAAAGGGGCAAGCACAAACAAGACCAUAAGAACCCAUGCAAGGUACCCCCCAAAUAAAUAGUUAAAAGAGCUAUAAAUUACACAAUUAUAUUAGCAUGAAAAGGAAAUAUUGUAUGUGAGCUAUGAACAAUGGCAUGCUUAUGAUCUUACAAGUGACUAAGUGCACAGACAUAGAUUUCAUUUUUUUUGUUUUUGGGUAUGUUAAUGACUGAACCAGGGCAUCUUUUGAACUGCCUCCUUAAUUGUUUUACUCUCUUAGAGACGAAGAAGAGCCAUAGAAGAAUCAGAGAAAUUAACAGCAUCCCUGCAUAGGUAGGUUGAGGGUCUGCCAAUACUCAUUUUGUAGGUUUCUUAAACUCUUAACAGCAAGACCUUUUGUUAAUCUAUUUAAAGAAUCUAUUAGGGCUAUGCCAGGUGGGGUACUACCAUAAAUGGGCUAUAUAGAUAUGUGCCGCUGUGAGGGGCAUGGUUUUCAAGCAAUAAUACUCUGCGAUAGGGUAUAUAAAUCAGAGAAUUUGGGUGUAGAAAAGGGUAUCAUUUUCCAGGAAACUGAUCAGUUGCUUGAAAAUUUUAGUCUAGACUAGAGAAAUUGGGAAUUGCCACUCAAAAAAAUCAAAUAGAUUUUGUUUUUGCUGGACUGUGCUAGUGACCUCAGUAGUUUCUGGAAAACAGCUACUCUUGGAUAAGGGGGAUUUGGGGAGUUUAGUCUAGUAUAGAGUAGCAAAAUUCACUUGAACUACAAUCACAGACAAAAGUAAGUUGGAAGGUUGUACAACUUAAUGGUAGUCCAUUUUAAUCCUCAAAAAAGAGAGUUUUCUCUUUUUCUCUUUUGAUGUAACAGAACAAUUACGUGCACAAACAUCAAUGUUUUGCUCAACAUUGGGCCAGGGGCUGGGUAGGAAAGAAAAAAGAGGUAGAAAAGGCAACCUUCCCAACACUUUUGGCAAUGAUUGUAGCUGUGGUACGGGCUAAGGGUUCGAGGGUCCUAGAGGCACAUCCCCACCCAAAAAUUCCUAAAGUAACCCCCCCCCGGGAGAUAAUUUAUGCUUGACUUGGUGUGAUUAAAAUGGGUUUAAGGCUAAAGUAUUUUUGAAACAGUGUAACUAUUUUAUUUUUUGGCAAUGUAGAAUGCUCAAUGAUGGUGCAGAUGUUGAAGAACUUGAACCAUUAGCAGAAGAGUUGGCAACUGACAAAGAUGAAGGAAAGGCUGCUCAGCAUGUUCUAUGGGUUGAAAAAUACACUCCAAAGUAUUUCACAGAACUACUCAGUGAUGAUGUGAGUAAAAAAUGUAAUGUAUAUGUACUGAAAAACUUUCCAGUUUUACAGUUAUAAUCAUUGUUUAGUUGUUAUCUCAAAAUAUGAUUUUGAUUAUCUGUCAUGUCUCUAGAUAUGAUUAUAGCAAUAGGCCUUUUGUAAAAGUUAGUUACGUGAUCAAUUUUGUGUAAACACAAAAUUUUCAGCCAUAUAUCCCAAAAGUAGUGAUUGUAACGGCCACCAAGAAUUAAAAGGAUUUGUAUGGGAAAAACAACUCUUGCCACCUAGUCAUGGUUGAGUGGUAUUCCAUAUAAAUCCUUGUAAAUUUUGAAAUUUUUAAACUGUCGUUAAAUCUUUUGCUUGCACAUGUAACGGCCUUAAUUGUCUUUUUAAAAAAAGAAAGUUUGAGCCCCCUAAAGCUUAAGGGUAUAUUUUAUAACAGUUUAAAAAUUUCAAAGUUUACAAGUAUUUGUGUGGAGAACCACACAGAAAGUUGAUCACGUGAUCAACUUUGCAAAAGGCCUAUAGCAGCAACAUUCACAGUUCAUUAUAUUCUCCUGUAGCUGUUGAAAUGUACAUGAUGGCCAGAGUUAUUAACUUUGCUUCUAGAAUUUUAUCACUGUCACCCUAUUGAUAACUCAAAUUUUUUGAGUCAGGUAAAUGUAUUUUUACAAUAAUACAAUAAAGGUGAAGAGUCAGUCAGAAAAGAGUUAUGCAAGAGUUACAAGUUCAAACAUUUGAGAAAGCAUGAUGGUGCAAUUAUUAUUGUUAUUGAUAUUGUUUUUAUUAUUGAAAAAACGUUGCAUUGUUAGUCCAGGUGUAAUAAACUAUCACUGAGUUUGUUUUAAGAACAAUGUACACAAAAUCUCUUUACCUAAUAUAGGUACAUGUACAUUGCUUGGUGUUAGCUGGGAUGAAGGUGCUUUUUAAUCACAAGGGAGCCAAAAAUUGAAAUUCAAGAUAAGCUAAAUCUUGAAACUGAAAAAAAUUGUCAAAACCAAAAUGAUAUUGAUAAUGUCACAAUGUGAUGAGUUUGAGGAACAAAGGAGCCAAAAAUUGAAAUUCAAGAUAAGCUAAAUCUUGAAACUGAAAAAAAAAUUGUCAAAACCAAAAUGAUAUUGAUAAUGUCACAAUGUGAUGAGUUUGAGGAUUAAGGUUUUUGUUACGUGGGCACUCGCGCUCUACACCUGUAACCUGUGGUUCUGGUGCUAUUAAUGCUAGUGCUACUUUUAUUUUAUUCGUUUUUUAUUUCUCAUUUUUAAGUCUCUUUUGUUGGUUUUUUGGUUUUUCUCAAAACGAAAAAAUAUUGGUAAUGUUACAAUGUGAGGAGUUUGGUUACGGUUCUUGUUACCUGGGCACUCACGCUCUACACCUGUAACCUGUGGUUCUGGUGCUAUUAAUGCAAGUGCUACAUUUAUUUUAUUUGUAUUUUAUUUCUACUUUUUUAGUCUCUUGUUUUUAGUUUUUCAGUUUUUCUCAAAACUAAAAAAAAUAUUGGUAAUGUUACAAUGUGAGGAGUUUCAGGGUUAAGGUUCUUGUUGCCCAGGCACUCACACUCUACACCUGUAACCUGUGGUUCUAGUGCUGUUAAUGCUAAGGCUAUAUUUAUCUUAUUUGUAUUUUAAUUCUCUUGUUCAAGUCUCUGUUUUUACUUGUUUUUCACUUUUUUUUCUUAGGCUAUCAAUCGUACUCUCUUAAAGUGGUUAAAACUUUGGGACAAAACUGUGUUUGGUAGAGGAAAACAGGACAAGAAAUCAAAGCCAAAACCUGAACAGGCCAAAAAGCAAAAGUCAGCGUCUACAAAGAACUUCAAGAAACAAGGAGAACAAGACGAAGCCGACUGGACUGUAAGUGUACUACUUUUCCUUUCCACCACCACUCUGACUAUUCAUACAUGUGCUAUUGCCCCAGAGGUCUAACAGAGCUUAAAUUACAAGUUAACGGAUUUGGUUUGACAAAAACUAAGGGCGCUUACCAUUUUUUGCUAGAGCUUGCUGGCCAGACCAGUCCAGUCAUCAUGAGAAUUCCACUUUUAAUCAGGACUAUCCAGACAGAUCAGUUUAUUCUUAUUCUUAAAUAGUGUGCAUGGCAGCUACAUUGUGUAUAUGUUUUAGUUAAAAUUUCGAGAAAAUACUCAUAGCGGGGCUCCCGCGCGCGCGAAGCGCGCGUGGGACAGAGCCCCAUGCUCAUGGAAUAUGGUCAACCUCUUUUCGUUUGGUUGUCACGUGAUUGACCGAGCGUACGUACGUACGUACGUACGUACGUACGUACAUACGUACGUACGCGUCUACAGAUUGUACGGGUGGGGUAGGGGAGACUAUCAAAAGGAAGGGAGGGGUGUCUCAGGCAUGUCUUGGCAAGUCCUUAUCUUUAAUAUAGGAUUUUAGUAUAGGACAUUCACAAUAUGGUCAAUUGACAGCUGUCAAAACAGGAUACCCACUGACCAGUAUCCCAUGACCAUAUCGCGGGCUCAUGUUUCAACUCAUCGAGGUGACGUGAUUUAUUUGGAAGCUGUCCGCUGACCAGUUAAUUGUUUUACUAGAUCGCGAACAAUGUUCAAUCUCAUACUUUUACUAGUUAAACUGAUAAUGCACACAUAUUGGACAUCAAUGUUUUGAUCAAUUGACAGCUGUCAAAACAGAGUACCCGCUGACCAGUAUCACUUGACCGUAUCGCGGGCUCAGGUGUCGACCCAUCGAGGUCAAGUAUUUUUUUGAAGUUAUCCGCUGACAAGUUACUAGUUUUCAAGUGAUCGCAGGCUCAAGUUCAAUUUUUUUUCUAAAUUCAUAUGAAAUAUGUUGUGUUUAUGUGCUACACAAUUAAAAUUUUGAUUACAAACUGACCUCGGACGCGAAAAUUCAGCCAGCUGUUACAGGCAGGGAAGACAGUUGCCUUUGACUUUUCUCACCAUGGUCACGCGUUGGUCACGCUCUACGUCCAAUUUUUAUGCUCUGAUUGGUCAAAAUUUGACAGGUGAGUUCAUGCGGAAAAUUUAUGCAGCAUCUUGAAUCUUGUUUACUUUGACAGCUGAAGCUGACAGAGUUUUGUGUCAACUUGUGAUGUUUUUAACUGUCUUUUUCCACUGGAUGUGCAAAAUGAAAUUCAGCUGCUAUCAGGAGUCCUCUGUUAUUCAUGGCUAGUUUGUUUAUUGGGUUUUUGGUUGAGGAAUACGUCGCUUGUCAAAGUCGGAAAUCCGAUUUCGGAUGGCAUCGUUUUCGUUUUCACCUUGCUUGAUGCGUAAGAGGAUUGCAAAGUCUGAAGCGAUACUGGCUUUUCUUGAUACCUUUCAGGAGCUGCAUCUCGAAUGGUAAGCCAGAGAAAUUAUUGUAUUUGAUGUUUGUUUUUUUGGAUCUAAUUUAAUGAAGUCGAGCGGAGUUUAUGCGGUCAUUUAGUUUAUGCACGUUUGUAAGAUUUGAGACAAUGAUCUGACCGAGUAUCAGGUUUGAUAUAAGCUUACAGAACUUUAAAAAGCCUUUAGACAGUUUCUCACCGCAAAUAGAAAGAAAACGUUCCAAAGAAUAUUUAGUUAUAAUUCUGGCCGGAAAAGAAAGCUUUGAGCGAUUUUCUUGCCUCGAGUUCGUCUUUGAAAAAAGCAAACACCGGGAAGCCGGCUUAAAACAUAAACUUAAGCUUGAAGCUUGAAGACUCAGGAUUUUUAGGGAUACUUUAAUACUUGUCUUCCUGAAUGAAAAUUGUUGUUUCUGUAUAUGUUUCACCGAAUUAUAUUUCUUUUAUUGAUUGUUAGUAGUCUCUCUUGUAAUUUUAAUCGCUGUGCCGAUUGUUUUCAGUCGUUCAGUGAACAUCGCUUGCAGGAGUACUCAAAAUGCCGCGCGUUAAUAAACCAUUAAAUAAAAAAUAAACAGAAUAAAUUCUUUAUAAUGUUGGAGCGUAACUCUGUUAAUGUUCAUUCAAACACUCGCCACAGCUCGCACUACAAAAGUGAGAACCGGAUGGCCGUAUAGGUGAUUUUGGAAAUUUUUUUAACAGUUUAUGAAUAUUGAAUGAGUGCAAUUUGUAUUGUGAAAUACUGCUUUCUGUCCGAGGUCUGCCGGUAUGAUAAAAACAGUGCCUCAUACUACUGUUUCACCUCAGAUGUGAUGUAUAAAUGGUAUAAAAGGUUGGUUUACACGCACCCAGAUUUGUUGACAAGAUUUUGCAAAGUAAACUUGUCGAACGCAAAAAAGUUGGCCUGAUUUUUUUUUCCACUAAUUAAUCUACGGUGAUCAAGAGCCAUUAUGGCUCUUAAAUGUGAUCGAAGAUGAUUACCAGUUUUUGGGUGUACAUAUGAGGCUAUCAACUCGAUGUAAGAUUUGGUUCACUCUUGGGCUGUUUGCAAAUUAUUUUUCUCUAAAAUCAGGUAGCCUUUCCCUCAAAAGUCACAUAAAUGUGCUCUAAAGUUAACUGAAUUGUGGGAUUCGAAUACAAGUUUAUUGUUUAAUUUAAAUUAUAAAUUUAUUAAUGGGAGCCUCACUUUUAGCCCUGGCUAAAUCUAUAUAUUAUUUCAUUUUUAAAAUGACCGAUCUGGCCAGCCAGUUCUGAUUUUUGGAAAGCACCUUAACAAAAGGCUGUACACCAGCAGAGCCCAUUGGCCUAUGAUGGUUGGUUUUGUUUUGGGUGAUCAUGAAAUCUCAUUAUUUGUACCAAACUUUUUUCCAGGAACUAUACCUUGAUAUCAGAGCUUAAGAGCUUUUAGGCUCUUAGGAGUUUUUUUCUUUGAGCACAGCAUGUAGUCUUUACUGUUUCCCUGGAAAAACAAAGUGGUUCCCCUAUUUGAGUUCAAUAGUUAUUGUGAGUAAUGUCAACAAAAUGUCAAUGCUUGGUACUGUGCAUCACUGAAGUCAAAUAAUUGUUCAUUGAUAUGUGGCAACUGUUUGACAUUAAGUCCUCAUUCAAGGGCAGUAAUAAAGUGUCUGAUUGAGGAGUAAAAGAGAUAUCCCAUCUCUACAUACAGUUGUGUUAUCCUCCUUUUUUAUCAGAUAGGUAGCCUGAUGGGCUAUGAUCUUCAACUUAGCGUUUAAUAUUAAACUACAAAUUAGCAUAAUAUGUAUUUCAAGUAGCAGGACCUCUCUUUUAUUCCUGUAAGUGCAGUAAAACCCUGUUACUAAGAGCCUAGUUUUCAAGAACCUCUUAGGCUUAAAUUUGCCAGUUAGGCUCCCUCUUGUUUAGCCUAAAAUUUGAAACAGGCUCUUAUUUUCUAAAAUCUAUAAAAAAACAUUUGUACAUACAAGGGAGAUAAGUCAACAUCCAGGAUCCUCUUUGGUGAUAUAUAGGUGCCUCAUUACUUCAACUGAAAUUGUAAUGGUAUACUAAAUACCACUAAAAUUUUAAAAAACUCUUAGCUACAAUAUAUUUUUUCUUCAGAAAAUAAGAGCCUAUUAUUUAAGAACCUAAAUUUGUGCUAGUUACCAUUUAUGUAAGAACCUGUUUAGGCUAACUUAGGAAAAUGCAGGUUCUUAGUCGCAGGUUUUUUCUCUACAGGAUAUGACUCUAAUUUCAUGAACAAUAAAUGUGGUUGUCAAUACACAAUGCAGCAAUGCCAAUUGCAAUUGAAGUGAUUCUUUGUACAAUUACCUGCCUUUUGAUGAGUGGUACAAUAUUUUUAAUUCCAGGAAAUUGAUGCAACUGGCCGCCCAGUGCGCAAGGUUUGUAAUGAUGUUGAGAUGCGGUGAAUCUAGUGCAAUUACAUGCUUGACUACACAUUAUUCUUUAUGGUUUAUCUGUUGACUGUAAUCUAUGGUUUUUUUGUUUAUUUUCUUUAUUAUUUGUCAGGUUGCACUACUAUGUGGUCCUCCUGGCCUUGGUAAAACAACCCUUGCUCAUGUCAUUGCUCAGCAUGCUGGAUACAAUGUGGUUGAAAUGAAUGCAAGGUGAGGAUAUAUUCAAUACUGCAAAAUUAAUGCAGCUCAUACCACAAACUAGGUGGGAAAAAAUUUGUACCCCACUGUAAAUAUUAACUAAGGUGAAACAUUUACCAUGGUAGCCACAUUUUAUGGUAAAGAAAUUCCUAUGUUGUAAUGGUUAAGCCUGAUUUUGGCUAAAACCUGGUCAGUGUGAAUUCUUUGCCUUAUUUAGACUAAACCUAAACUACCCUUCUCUUUACAGAGGCACAACCAAUAUGCCAUUGUAACAAAAGAAUAGUGGCUCAUAAUGCCAGCAUUUAAAUGUUUUUACAGUUGUAAAUUGAUCAUGAAAACCAAAUUUGUGUUUUGUCUCCCAACAAGCAUUUCAGUGCAGUUUCUUUUGAAACUAAGCUGCUUAAAAUUCAUUAUAGCUUUCAUAUUUCAGUACUCCCCCCCUCCCCCCACUUAUCUGGUAUCUGAUGGAUAGACAGAUUUACAUCGACUGCCAAUUUACUGGGAGCCAUUAUCUUUCCAUACCAUUGUGUUUUUGUACAAUGUACGUUCAUGCACUCUUUGUCAUUUAGAGCCCAGGGGCCUGUUUUUCAAAAGUUCUGUUAACUUUUUGGGCCUGGAAAGCUGUUCUGGUUGCCUUGUUUACAGUAAAGAUCAAAGUUUUGAUAAUAAUAUUUUGAAAACAAUGCAAUGAAACUACAUGUGUAUCAGUUAAUGAAGCAAAACCGACUGGUUUGUGUCCAAGGAACUUUGCUACUAUUCAACAAGUUUUGAUUUUAGAACUAACCUUCAGGCCUAAAAAGUUUCCGGGCCUUUUGAGAAGUCAAGUGGGGCACAGACUAGACAACCAUGCAUUUUCAUGCAAACUUCUUGAAAUAGGCCCCUUAUAAACAGAUUUGUUGGGCUACUGAGUCUCUUAAACUGCACUCUAAGUGGGAGAUUGUUUAAUUAACUGUCCUUUAAUUUUUUGAUAGUGAUGAUCGCUCACAGGAGGUGUUCAGAAACACAAUUGAAGCCUCAACACAGAUGAGAUCAGUGCUGGGAUAUAAUGAGAAGCCAAACUGUUUGGUUAUUGAUGAAAUUGAUGGAGCACCUGCAGUAAGUGAUGAGUUAUUACCAGCUACAUGUAAAAAGUAAUGAGUUACAUGUAUAGCAAUCGGUAUAGUAAAUAGAACCUUGAAAAAUUGUCUUAUAUUAAAUAUUAAUUUUGUACUUAAUUUAGUGCAUAGACUUCAUGUAGAAUUAUAUUUUUGAAAUGUUUUUAUUUUUGUCUAAGCCACACAUAUAUUAGAGAAGAGAUGUUAUGACAUCACAAAAACUAAAUUUGUGAUAUUAUGGAAUAGGCUAGCGUAUCCAGAAAGAACAAGAUGAAAAAUUCUCACUGGCCAGAAAUAAGCCUGUUAGUGCAAAUUGGCUGGGAGACAUAAGCAUUGUUAUGCUCAGAUGACUCCAUAUAAAACCCUCUAGCAUAGGCCAGGAUCGAUCCAAGGCAGUUAUAGAAGGACUUGUAUGAAGUCAUCAGAGCAUAAAGGUGCUUGUUUUUCCCCACCAAUUUGCACUAACAAGCUGAGUUUUGGCGGGGGAGCAUUUUUCAUCUUUUUCUUUCUGAAUAUGCCUUCCAAUCCCAUAAUAUCAUAAUAAAUUUCAAUGGUGUGAUAAUUGAUAUGAUUGACACCUUUUUUUCUUUCUGUCUUCAACAGCCUGCCAUAAAUGUCCUAUUGUCAGUUAUCAAACAAAAGGAUUCAGGUAUUGCAUGCAAGACUUAAAAAAGUUUUAGUUUAGACUUAGUGAGAAGCUAGAAGUAGAGUGUGAUCACAUUUUUCAAGUUGUGAAAGGGUAAUCUUUAAAAGUUUGGUAAGUCAAUUGACAAGUUGCCAUUUACUUGUGAUGAAAGUACAUUGUUAGAUCAACUUAACUAAAGGCUUUCAAUACAAAAUAAGCCAUGUCUUAUUUUAAAAAAAAUAAGUCCUUCAUGUUAUGUUAGCAUCUGCUAGGCUUCCUUAGUUCAUGCACUUGAACUAAACUGGAAUAUUUUGUACGUUUCUCCUAUACAAAAGUCCUUGGAACAGUGUUGCAUUUUUCAUAAUUUUCUGUAUUUUCAGGAUUCCCUCAUAAACAGUGCAAGCUUUUCUAAAGUUUCUUGCAGUUGUCACACCAUCCACCCUAUACAAAGUUGAAACUCACAAACAAAUUUUGGAAACACGUGUCCAAUGCUGUUUAUGGGAUGAGGGGAGAGGUUAGGCAUUUGUGAAUUGGAAAAUGCCCCAGAAAUGCAAAAGUGUACCAAGACUUUUGUCCAUGAUUGUAGGUUUAAUGUCCUAAAAAUUGAUAUUGUACUUACAGAUGUUAUAGUAAUGUGAUUGUUUUUUAUCUUAGAUGCUGCUCCUGCAAAGAAAUUAAGAAAGAAGAAGAAAGCAGGCCCACUCUCCCGACCAAUUAUUUGCAUCUGCAAUGACCAGUGAGUCGAAGAAUUAUGGAGACAUGAUUCUCAUGGACAUGAUUACUUCUUACAGAUCAGAUAGAUCUAUAUUCAACAUAAAUGAUGUAACUUGAAUGUGUUUAAGGUGGCCGAAACCUAUUUAUAUGCAUAAUGGUUACGUUUUUUAAUUGAGUUUUUCAGCAGGAAAGAUUUAAUUGAUUUCUAUGAUUUUUAGCAUCCUGAACAAAGAAUGGUCGGACUAUAAGAAAAUAUUAUUUAGUUUUUUGUAGUUAUGAAAACUUUUGAGAUAUCAAAUGUGUUAGUGUUAAUGUGCACAGAUUCAAAGAGGCUUGCUUAUUUAUUUAUUUAAAAUCAAAUUAUUGGGAGGUUUAAGAGAGGGCAAAAUUACUGUUAGACUAGCAAAGGAAACUUAGGUUUGGUUCACAUUGUCAGGAAUUUAGAAAAAAGGUGACAUUUUGAGAAAUCAGGAUUGUGCUGUACACUAUCCAACACAAUCAAAUUCUACAGUCUUUUUUCUAAUCAUUAGACAUUGCCGGUGUGGCCUGCCCAAAAUGACUUGCAGUGCCUCUUCUGCUCUUCACAUGUGCUUAAUAAUUACAAUGUUUUAUUCAUGUCCAUGUCUCAGGUACGCCCCUGCAUUACGUCAGCUACGUCAAGUUGCCUUUCUUGUAACAUUCCCACCAACUAUUCCUGCCCGCUUGGCUACUCGCCUUUUGGAGGUAAUGUUUGUCUGCAUGUUUUCAAUGCCUUCGCAUACUCUGAGUUAAAAACAGUUUUGACUUAAGCCCUCUCACUUCAAGAAUGGAUGAUGAAUUUUGCGUCCGUUGAUAUGAAAUCGCGGCUAUGAUAUCACCAUUUCAAUGAAACCCUCCUCCCCCCGCAGUGCUCUCACCUGGUACCAUGUAUUUAUUGUGGAGGAAAACCCAUGGUGUGACCAUUCAAAUUAAACCUCCUUAGCAGUACUUUGUUUUUCAGUGUUUUAUAAAAUGGAAUGUGUAAGUUUUUUUAAUCUUUUUUAAACAAUUGGCCACUUCUAGGAGUGCAAAGAUUAGCUGGAUUACCAUUAAUAUUUAUAAACUGCCACCUGGUUAACUCAAUUGGGAGAGUGCCGGUCAACCGAGUGGGAGGUCGUCGUGGGUUCAAACACCGGCCAGACAAACAACUAGGGUCUCUAAAAAACUGGUAAGAUCACGGUGGCUGUGAUGUAAGAUAUUGUCUGAGUUCAGAUGGUCGUGUCAUUGGGCUGUGACGUUAAGCUGUUGGCCUUAUCUCCUUCAUCCUUCCUUUCAUUGGUCAAACUGAAGCGGACGUAAAAGAACCCACACUACUGUUCGAAAAGGGUUGGGGAUGUUUCCCUAGUGUUGUAGCCUGCCUCAUUUUACAUACCCUUUAUAUCACGGGCCAGGUUUGUUACAGAAAGCUCAUAAAUGGACUGGACAGUGGCUGCUGGUGUCCCAUUGUAUGCUGACAUCCGAGCUUACUGUUAACAUGUUAACAUAUAAAAAGGACGCAUGUGUUUUUCUCCGAUCUCAUCCUCGACAUUUGGCGAUAUUUUUUUAUCUCUAACAUUGAAUUGAGCAAACCCUUCCCUUUUUUCUCAGAUAUCAAGGCAAGAGUCAAUUAACACUGACAUGACAACUCUCACCUCUUUAUGCAUGAAGACUGAUAACGAUAUCAGAUCGUGUCUGAAUACUCUACAGGUAUGGACCAGGUACAAUAGCAUUUAAAACAUGCAACUAAACGAUUCCAGGUACAAAAACGUUCAUGUGAAAAUGUCGAAAAAUAAUUAUGUGCGUGUGUGCGUAGGCGACGGAUGCGAUUUUCCGAGUUCCUGAAUUCUCCUUUUUUUCAUGAUAGAAGACAAUUUAAAAAGUUAUACCUUUAUAUUUUCUUUUUCUCUUUAGUCUUGUUUGUGAGCUUUCUUAUAUUUUUGUAUAUGUGAAUAUUGCUCGCCUAGACUAGCUGUUGAUAAUUGCGGAUACUGUUUGUUUGCUUUUUUUAAAAUUUUUUUUUAUAUAAAGUUUGUUAAAAAUGCAAUUUAUCAGAAGAUAUGAUAUUUUCAAGGGCCGCCUGUAACUUGGACAAGAUCCUGGCAACAAGUUUUUACCAAACAAACCUGGCCAUGAAGUUUAUUUCUGUGUUCAUAUCUCUAAUAUUUUCCCUUGACUUCAAAAUAAAGAAUAAGCAGACUGUCAAACAGUUUUUUAGGCAAGAGGAAAGGUCUACAAAAGAUGAUAUGAGACCCAUCAUGACAGAGGAGACCUUUAGAUACGAGGACGACUACGACUACGAGAUUUGACUUACAGUCUUUUCGCGUAUUCUCAAAAUAUAGACUUCCUAGAGAGCUUCAUUUUAUCAUUUUUCACUAGAAAAGUUAGCACUGUUACCUUUAGUGAAGGAGGAAUACACCCUCUCCCGAUCGAAAAAUGACAAAACUUCUGACACUACGACAUUCUCGCUAAAACCCGUAGUAGAAUGACGAAGGCUACCACGUUUUCCCGCCAAAAUGACGCUGCCUCACGCGCGAGCACUACUUACUACUGAGAAAAUCUAGUAUUCGUAGUCGUUCUCGUCUUAGAAUGUAAAGGUCUCUAGUGUGUCUCCUGAUCCGACAAAUGUUACCCCAGUUUCCUGUGCAGCCCCUGAAUGGCCAGUGAAAAGUGUGAUAGCGUCCCCAAAGUAGCGCGCUGGUCAAAUAAUUUGACAGUGUAGUUUUUAAACUUUUCUCAAGUGUACGAUUACUCUCACAAACAUUUUAUCUCAUCCCUGCAGUUUAUCCAUAAGCGACAUGGGCGUGUGUGGUUAGAACAUGUCCAGUCAAUGGAGAUUGGUCAAAAGGACUCCCAUCGCAGCUUAUUCUCUAUUUGGCAAGAGAUAUUUCAGCUUCCAAAACCAAAACGCAUUCGGUUUGCAGCCAUCGCAAACAAUGAAAACCAAAAUGGUUUCGCCAACAACAGGGGAUUGUUAUCAACGUUUAACGAAAGUACUGGCGGUGGCUCCGAGCACAGAGGAAUGUCAGCCAUGUCUAAUCGUUUUCAUACAGUACUCCAUUCUGCCUCGUCAAGUGGACAAUAUGAGAAAGUGGCACAAGGUACAGUGAUGGUUGAGUUACAUCGCCAUACGUAAAGUUUGCGUCAUAUGAUAAUAUUUUAAAUUUGUGAAUGUAGUGGUAAAAAGUACAUCAUCAUAUUACUCCCUCAUUCUUGCUUGCCUGCAGACUUACACGUUGCACGAUUUUUCUCAUACCAUUGAAUUGUUUCCCAAUACAAUUUUUGAUUCUCCUGUUCCAGACCAAAACCCUGUGAUUUUUAAACCCCAUCCCAGUUUAAACUGCUAGAAAGCCACACCCUUCACAGUAGCACGUACCUGUUAACCACACCCUUACCCCUUGGGUUUUAGCUAUAGUUCAACGGGAAAUUAUUUUGAAAUUCUUCAUCCCUAGCAAAUGAAACUUCCAACACUCGCCAUUAGAAAUACAAUAAAGUAUGCUCUGUAUAUUCGUGCAUAGGUUAACACCGAUUAAUUCCCUCUGAAUUUUCUCCAGACCCAUCUUGCUAGGUAAUGCCCUCAGCUCCAGUAGAAAAUAAACCCUCCCUUAAGGUUGGUUUUCUCUAGCGACGGAGUCGGAGUCGGAGUCGGAGUCGUAAGUGGAGUCAUAAGCGCGACGGAAUCGGAGUCAGAACAAUCAAAACGUUUCCAUUUCUUCCGACUCUGCUUACGACUCCGUCGCUUACUUAUGAUCUAGUGAAAACCAGAUUGUCGGAGUCGGAAGCAGAAGCGGAAGGAUAAAUCAAUCACAGUGCUCGUUCCCACGCUUUGUGAUUGGUUUAGUUCUUCCGCUUCUGCUUCCGACUCCGACAAUCUGGUUUCGUUAGAUCAUAAGCUCUACGACUCCGACUCUGUCGCUAGUGAAAACCAGCCUUUAAGAGUCGCCGUUAUUUUCUUGUUCUUCUGUCUGUUCAGAAAAAGCUUCCUCUGACUUGGUAAAUUUGAUGAUUUAAUUUUUGCUUUUGUGUGUGUACAGGUUUAUUUGAAAACUAUCUGCAAGUUAAGUUCAAAGAUCCAAGCUUUGACGUGGUAGGUAAUGUGAUAUUUAAAACGUUUCGAAAUAGAUUUCAGAGUUAGCCUCUUGUAUAUUAAUUUUGUCUCUAAAAUAGAACUUUUCUAAAUGACCUGUUUUCAAACCUGUGAAAAAAUGAGUGGAUGAACCCUAGCAUGGUAGGCUCUUUCGUUUUGCUGUCAGCUGAAGAGUAGUAUUACAACAUAAAGAAGAUAGUACAGUGAGGUUGUAGCCUGUCCCGAGAGGCCUAUCAGACACGUCACCGUUGUUAUUUAAGUAGGCUCAUGCAGUCUGGUAUAAUAAGUCCAUUGUGUUUACUUCUUCAUUGGGUGUAAGAUUUUGUCGAAUAUUAUUGUUCAUCAUCAUCAUCAUCAUCAUCCUCGUCAUCAUUAUCGUCGUCAUCAUCCUCGUCAUCAUUAUCGUCGUCAUCAUCAUCCUCGUCAUCAUCAUCAUCCUCGUCAUCAUCAUCAUCAUCAUCGUCGUCAUCAUCAUUAUCGUCAUUAUCAUCAUCAUCGUCGUCGUCGUCGUCAUCAUCAUCACCCUUCCGAUCCUCUUCGCGCUGAAAUGUCGCGCCUUAUACCACUAUCCAUCACACCAGCCUAGAAAUGCCUCUGUCAAAAGUCAUGAAAUAUAGCAGCCCGCCUGCCUCUAUGUUAUCACCUUUCCUAUUUACUUUUAGCCUCCUUAACAGACUUCCUUUUUGCUGGUCACGCAAUCCUUGGAGACAAUUGCGUGGCACGAGCCAAAAGGACGUUUGCGUAGAAGGCUCAAUCUCUACACAAAAGUAGGGCGUCCCAAUAACUGAUCCGCCUAACUGACCCAACUACAGGCCGCCUUAGCUUAAUAGCGCUUAACCUAACUUACAGGGAUGUGUUUUUUCACAUUUUUAAUUAUAAAAGUUUGUAUGGGAAUGCAAAAGAUUUCCUUGAAAAGUUUUGGACUAAGUUCUUAGCGCUGGAAUGCAGUAAUGCUAGAUGAUGAACAAAACAACGUUACUUUGUUCCAUUACAAAACCCUUUAGUGCCGAAACCUUUGCAAUUCAAACUUGCUCUGUUGUCAAAAAAUAAUGUCCCCGUAUGUUCCUAUAAAAAGGGAACUUUGUAUUCUAUUGAACCUAGAUUAGCUUGGGUUACCGCUGUCCUUAGAAAACGCAAUAUAAAUUAGAGAAGUAACCUGCGAGUGAGCUCUCCAUUUAGGGGAUGUCGCGGGAGUCGUGCGGGCGGCACGCGUAAGGGGACACAAAAUCUAGGGUCUCCUCGUGGCCUCGCCGCUCGCUCGCGUGUUCUGGCGAGCUUCACUUUGCUCGCCCCUAAAAAAGGAGAGCUUGCUGGAGGCCAUGAGAGACAUAGUCACGAAAUAUUUGCUGAACUACCCAUUUGUUGUCUGUUUAAGGUUGUUUCUGGAACCGAGUGGCUAGCAUUUUCAGACUUCAUUGAACAAGCUAUCAUGCAGCGACAGAGCUACAUUCUCAUGGGUUACAGUCCAUUCCUCUCGGUAGCAUUCCACAUGUUUUAUGCGACACAGUCUUACUCAAAACUGAGUUACCCCAGCAGUCAGUAUGAGGUAGGCGACUGACAAGACAAGACAAGCCAUACGCAACUGCGCUAGGGCUAUGUGGCGACAUUUCCUCUGUUUCCUAUCUUUAUUUCUCUAUUUCCUAUCUUUUCUUUCGCGUCAGUUGAAUUUAGAAAAUAUUAAAACUAAAAAAUAAUGGUCCAGUUUUGUUAUCUAAGAUUGUAUUUAGGCACUGAAACUAUUUUCUGUCGUCUGUUGCAACGAAUGGCAAGGAUGGACAUGGAUUGAAACUUGAAAAAGUUGGGCCGACGUUUUCAAGUUUAAAUCCAACGCCUUCAAAAGUCAAUCACAAAAAAAAAUUAUUAUGGUUAGUGCUCCCUGUGAAAUUUGCUUGAUAUCUUUUCCAUAACUAUACAGGAGUAUUUUGUGUAUGGGUAAACUAAAUGCUCUAGGUAAUGACUUCAGCACAGAAUGGACGUUAACCCUUCAAGUCCCAGAAGUGACCAGCAUCUAACUUCUGCUUAUAAUAUCAAUUCAUUGUCCAGCAGAAAGAUGAUGAGAAUAGGGAAAUGUAUAGCAGCCAGAGGAUACACUUUUGAUAUAAACCCAAAUUCUCUGAACUAAUGCACAAUGAAAUGUAUAGCAGCCGGAAAGGAGAAUUACUUAUCAGAUCUUGGGAGUAAAAGGGUUAAACAGCAAAAUCCUCGUGACAUAACCCCCUUAACUGAUAUAGCGUGAAAUAUCCCACGAGCAACUUGGUUAAUAUUAGUUUACCAGUGAGCCCUCAAGGUGUUACUGAGGUGACAAUAAUGAGACGUUUUACAAGAGAAAAUGCAAGGCCAGCUAACCAGAUGAGACAAAUUCAUGCCCUGAAAAGGGAGUAUCAGGGGUUCUUACCAUUUACACAAACCACCUGGCUGGAAGUCUUGUUGUUUAGACUUGAGUGUUGCGUACGCCUUUGUCACUGUCGUCAAGAAGUCUUUAAUGACCUUAAGAUUUGAAGACAGGAUAACAGCCAAUACCCAAGCGCAAAAUGAUAAAACUUCUAACAUUUGAUAACUUGGUUCCGCUACUACGAAAUUCUUGUUAAAACCCUGUGGUAGAGUGACAGCUACCACGUGUUCCCGCCAAAAUGACGCUGGUUCACGCACGCGCACUACUUAGUAUUGAUGAGAAAAUCUCGUACUCCUAGUGGUCCUCGUCUUAGAAUCUAAAGCUCUCUUUUGUGGAAUCGAAUGAGAAAAAGCGUGAAUUGACUUUUCUGUUUUGAUGUUGUUUGUAGAGCCAUCUUAAAGAAACAAAGAUAAAGAACCUCGUCAACGCUAUAAAGAAUGAGUCAUCUCCACAUAUCCGGCAAAAUAUCAAUUUACGCACUGCCUGUCUGGAGCUACUUCCCUCCAUUCUAGAGGUCAUUACACCAACACUGAGACCGGUAAGCUUGAUUGUUGAAGCUCUUCUAUGACCGAACCAAGGGAACAGGGCAGAACAACAGUAGUUAAUAACUCGGUUUCCGGUUUUGAUCAAAUCUUUUUUAUAGUGACCACGCUUCAUUCGCUCGUUUGUGGCCUCGGCCUCGGCCGAAGAUGUGUCGGCCUACUAGCGACGGCGACACCGACGCCGAAGCUUCCCCGCCGCACGCGAGAAAAAGACCUGUGGUACCCAUGGUUGCAGCACUUUCAGAUAAUACAUUUUUAAACUUUACUUUUCGGCCCUAAGAACGAUUAGUACUUGACAAAGCUACAGUAUAAUGGACGUAUUACAUGUGGUAGUACACCAUUAGUGAGAGGUGUGGUGGCUGAGAGGUCGACACGUGGAAGUUCUGAUCGUGUUUUGGUGUAUUUAUAGUGACGAUUCUUUGUGGUAUAUUUUGGUUUCGGAAUUUCACGUUGAUCGUUAAUGGUUCUAUGGUUUAUAUGAAAGAAUUACUUGAUACAUGACUGGUUCCACAAGUGGGCAAGAUGAAGCAAAUUCUGCGAUGUCAUUAGCUACCCGAGCAGAUUAAUUAGCCUACCUUUCCCGCUCGGGACUUCUCGCCUUGGUCCCACAAGAAACCCGUUAUCUUGACCUUAAGCUCGGUUAAUAACGCAUAUUUAAAAUCCGAGGACUCCCAUAAUGGCCUAUACGGUGACGCUCUACUCGAAAGGGGUACCAGGUAUAUAAAAGGGUAGAGAAUUGAAGUAUAUGAAACUAAUGAAAGGGUAGGAAAAUCUAUCAUUAAAGUAUACAAAACUGCCUUCGAAUUCGAAGUCUCAUUACUCUGUUCACAGUCCCCUAUUUUUCCGUAAGAUCGUCGGGAUCGAGCGCAUCCAAGUUGGCUUCCCAUAAUGCAAAGGAAAGGAAAAAUAGGAGACAUGUGAACGGUCUAAAGUCUCAUUGCUAUUUCAUUUUAAUUUCCUAAACGAAAAUGGCAAGUAAUUUAUUCUUAUUAAGUAGGUGUGUUAAAGGGGUAACUUUUUUCAAUGGAAGCAAUACGAAAGGGGUACCUUUUCUUUCUGAAAAGGUAUAUACUGUUUAAACCGCUCCCUUCCCCCUUUUAAAAAAAACCCCCCCCUCCAAUAUACCCCCCCCCCCCCCCCCCACCCUUUCCCGCCCCACUCGCAAACACAAACACCCCAACAAAGAGAAACAAUAAAGUCAAAAAAUAAUUCUUGCACAUAAAACACAUCUCAAACCCCCCCCCCCCCCACCCCGCUUUUUCAUGGGACUGUAAAGGAAAUGAAAGAUACGAACAAGGGAACUGAAAUUAAAUAAUAUUCUUGUCAGGUCAAUACUCAGCUAUUUUCAGCACGGGAGAAACAGCAAUUAGUGGAACUUAUUGACACAAUGAUUGGCUAUAACCUAACCUAUCACCAGGAGAGAAACUUUGAAGGGCAAUACACUUAUGUCCUGGAUCCGUAAGUACUUGUGUUUCACGUAAUGUAUCGAAAACGAGACUCACUGUUUGUCCGAAGCGUGAAUGGAAGUCCUGAAAAUCCAUUUCUUCCUUGAAUCCCUUUAAUGGCCAUCCUUUUGAUUGUUUUUAUUUGCUCACCGCGCUGUUCACCGCAGUCAAUCCAGAGAAAUUUGCAAAAGCAAUGCUUGUUCUGAAAAGCUGAAGUUGCAACUUUUACUGUUGGAAGUUUAAGAUGUCACCAAUGCCGCCGUUAAUUUACUAGUCUUAACUGUUAAUUGUUAAUUUACUUUGAAGGUUUACUUAACGUUCUAACUGUUUGACAACUGGUGUUGUUGUAAGCGCUAUUUGGCAGCAUAAUUCUACUCGGGCGCGACCGAUUUUCAAAGAAAUGAAGCUAAAUAUUUAAAGAAAAGAUUUAAAAAAACUUGAUAGCUUAAGUACGUUAACUGAUGAUUUUACACAUCAUUGUCGAUGUUUUCACUUACUGUUAAAUAAGCACCCAACAAUUUUAAAAAAGACGUGUGUAAAGCCCCGUGCAAACGGACGCAAUAUGUUGGCCAACAACUCCCAACAUUGUUGGAUGUUACAUGUUGCGUCCGUUUGCACACCCUGUUGCAUAUUGUUGGAUGUUGUUGCGUGUUGUUGCGCAAACUUUGAAACCGGUCAAACGUUUCAGCCAACAACUCCCAACAUUUCUUUUGUUCCGCGAUCGCCGAAGCGUAACGCAACAGUGUUGGAUCCGUUUGCACAGCUCUUCCAACAUUGUUGGGGCCACGCACGCUCAUUACGCAUAGUUUACAAAGACUUAUGGGUUGUAUCCUUCCCACGAUGCAGUACAGGUCCCAACAUUGUUGGGAGUUGUUGCAACCGUUUGCAGACCACUGCCAACACGGACGCAGCAACUCCCAACAUUGUUGGCGCAACAAUGUUGGGAGUUGUUGCGUCCGUUUGCACGCAGCCUAAUAAACGUUUGACUGCUUUGAACAUACUCUGUGACGGAUACGGCCUGUAGGACACCUUACAACACUUGCGUGACAAGAAUUUUGUGUGCGCAAGAGCCAUGGCUCUUGGUGUGCGUUAAGAUUUUCAUAUACACCGUAAUCCUGACAUUUUUUUGUUAUUGUUUUUCUCUUCCUUGGUAUAGAAAUAUUGAAGAAGCUGUAAAAUUCACAGGUCUGCCUCAGCACAGACAGUUACCUUAUGCCACUAAACAGCUGAUAGCCAGAGAGGUAACAGUACUACUAUUGCUAACACAUUUACGCUUAAAAAUUAUCCUUGAGAUACAAUAAUUCAUGCCUUAUACAGUCCUCUGGAGUUACCGGAAGAAAUGAAACCGGAAAUAUAAACAAUUAACCUUGAGGAGGGUUUUAAGUCCAUCCGAGUCCACUAGAAACUCAUCGAGUCCACUGGAGUUGAGGAAGUCUAGUCCUGAGAAACCUGAAGUCUAAACAUGUUAACGUCGGGGAGGCUAGAAUAAUCAUAUACUGGUGGAGUCCAUCGGAGUUUACAGGAGACGAAUCAAGUCCACUCGAGUUACUGGAGGUCUGGAGGCGAAUUCCGGAAUUUUUGGGGGGACGCGCGGGCGUCUGUACACAGGCAAAGGAACAAGAUCCCUGCGAAACAAGCACGCUACAUGUGAAUAUGCUUUGUUCUUCAAGCAAUGAAACGGAGCAAAAGCGCUGCGACCUUGUUGGAAUUUCAGGAAUUUCUAAACUUAACUACUUUUAGAAGGGUAUCAAGCCCCAAAACUAAUCAUAGGCAAUUUUCUAUAUAUAUAUAUACAUAAUAAAGAGAAAAGGUUUUGAGGAUUAAUGAAAUGAUUUUCGAAGGGGAAGUGCUUUGAUCUUUAAUCAAAUUGUCUCUACUAAUUCUUCAAGGAAAUGUUGGAGAUCAGUCUGGAGAGUUUGUAUGUGGAUAUUGGGGCUGAAAGGGUAAACUGUUAACUGUGCCCAAAUGAGUUAGGAUUUGUUGUCCAGAAAUAUCGACGUUAUUGCACUGUUUAGUCAUUUUCUAUCUUAGUUCAAGGCCUCAUGUCCAUGUAGAGGUAUUAAAAACGUGGCUCUUUGUGUUGUAGAUUGAGUUGGAAAAGAUGAGAAGAACGGAAAGGUCUCUGACAGCUCAUCAAAAUACAAGGUGAGAUUUAAGAUCCAGUACUUGCACAACCUUUGUUUGGUAAUUUACUAGUAACGCCCCGUUUAUGCGAAGAAAAGUUCUCCCAGAAAGGAGGGUCAUCCGCCUACCCUAGCAGCCCUGAGGCGAACCAACUUUUCGUACAUUUCUUUGCAAAACGUGGAGAACCGUUUAAAUGAGGUUCCCCGCCUAGCCGGGCCAACUUUUCUCCUUAAAACCACUUUGGCUUGCCCAGCCGGGUCAACUUGGUCAAGGCACGACAAUCAGAGCAUGAUUUAGCGCUGCUGGCUUGAGCAGAGGGGUCAACUUUUUUCUCAUGUAAACGCUCGUUAAAGUUAACUCUGGUGGGAGAGUUAUUUUCUUUCCCGGGAAAACUUUCUUCCAUUUAAACGGGGUAUGAGACGCUGCACAAGAUACCUUUUACGUUAUAUUUUUUUCUUUUCUUUUUUUUUUUUUACAAAUUAAUGAUAGCCUUGAGAACAUUAUACUUUUUAUUUUCACAGUUGCCCGGUUCUUUCUCCCAGUGGAUCCAAGAAGGCAGACGAGUCCAAACCAAAGAAGCCUCUUGUUGUUUUGUCUUUGGACACCAGUAAAGUAAAACCACGAGAGGCAAAGGUAUUGAACGCGUUAAGUAAGGUUAAGUAAGGCCAUUUUGAUUAAUGCUUGAUGGUUUGGUCAGUAUAGACCUUUAGAUUCGAAGACUAAGUUUACUAAGUAGUGCGGGAGCGUGAACCAGCGUCGUUUUGGCGGGAAAACGUGAUAGCCGUUGUCAUUCUAUUGCUAGUUUUAGCGAGAAUGUCGUAGUGACGAAAAAAAGUUAUAAGAUGUUAGAAGUUUUAUCAUUUUGCGAUCGGGAGAGGUCUUGACCUCCUUCAAUAAAAAGAACCGUGGUAACUUUUCUGGUUAAAAAAACAAAAAUGAGUGAAAUAAAGCUUUCCGGAGUGUCUACGUUUUGAGUGUAAGCUAAAAAAAAGUUCAUUUAAGUCAAACCUCGUCGUCGUCCUCGAAUCUAAAUCUAAAUGAAUAACUACCUUAUUUACAAAAUGACUGACUGGUGAUUGAUUGAUUAAUUGAUUGAUUGAUUGAUUGAUUGAUUGAUUGAUUGAUUGAUUGAUUGAUUGAUUGAUUGAUUGAUUGAAUAGAGCGUUGUCUUUGAAGCUUAAAGAGACCGAUAAAUCUGAAUUCGCGUAGGAUAAAUAACUUUCAGAUUUUUUAGGGGAAGUACCAUAAAUCCUCUGUUAAGUCCCCCGGGGGCUUAUCUAUUUCAAACGCAUUUGAGGGGGAGUGCUAAAUAGAAGCGGGGGGCUUAUUAAAUUUAGCAAACACGAUGGUCUCUGUUCUUCACAAAGGACUAGAAUACAAAGUGGAAAACCUUAGUAACAAAAAGUUGGAGGUCAUGCAGACGAGAAUCAAAAACAAAUCCGAACUUCCAGUUGGUAAUUAAACCAUCCUGGAUCAGUCCACACGAAGAUUCACAGUCGUGAUUGAUUAAAACAGUCUAUCUUUUAUAAGAGAGGAGCUUAUUAACUUUCUUCCCCUGAAAAAGGGGACUUAUUUGGGGGGGGGGGGGGGGGGGGUUUAUGGGGGGGUUUGCGUAUUGGAAAAGCAAUAUAAAUAUUAUAAGUUUUUAUAACUCCACACUUUCUUUAUUUAAAGAUUUUUCAGUUAUAACAAAAAGUUGGUUUUUGGUGAGAGAUAAUUAUUUUUUCAGUAGUAUGUAGAGCAAAAAGAGAACACAAAACAUCAAUCCCUGCGUGACUUUUGUCCUGUAAAUCGUUUCGUAACAAACACUGGCAAAGUUAAUGUUGGAUUAUUAAAUAUACUAUUUUUUGGGGGUAUAGGGGGUUAUUGGGGUGUGGGUAGGGAUAGAGGGGGUGUGGUGGGGGGGGGGGGGGGGGGGGGGGGGCUUAAUGGAGGAUUUACGUACUUGUAAAUGCAUCGUAAAUAUUUCAAGUUUUACAUAUCAACAUACUGUCUCGUUAUAGCACUUUCAGUGCGAAAACAAACUGAUUUUUUGGUGUGAAAAUAUUGUUUUUGCAGCCUGCUUUAGACUUCUUUGGACGGCCUCUAAAAGUAAAACCACAGCCUAAAGGUAAUCAUUGAAAGAAAAAACCUUUUUUUGAACGUUUACUGACUGACUACUCGUAAUGUCCGAGAAUGGAAGGCUGAAUGUUCCGUAUGAAUAGAAGUAUUUUUGUGACUAUUAGUCUAGGUAUAAAAAAUAUGGUAAACGAAUGAGACGUAAAGCUUAACGCAUCGCAGAAAUACAGUGUUUAUAGACGACCAAUCCUCUGCGAAGAAUCCUAAAAUCGUUUUUUUCAUUUUAAGGUUCUCCUCCGUGGUGGAGCAAUACACGAGUAACCGUGUUUUCAGAAGGCAGUGCAAGUGCAUAGUCACCCCAGGCAAACCCAGUCUAUUAGGGCUUUUACCCUGGUGAUGCAAUAUGCGAGCUUAAAUGUUUUCCUUUUUUGAUCUAGAAGACAGCUCAAGUGCACAGUCACUCCAGGCAAAAGCCAGUUUAGUCAAUUUCAAGGGUUCCUCUUCUUGGUGAAGCAUGCUUUGUCUUCUUAAACCAAAUGGCAGUGCAAACGCACAGUCAUCUCAGGCAAAAGCCAGCCCUAUAUUGAUUCAUUUUUAAGAGUUCUUCUCCUUGGUGAGGUAAUAUCCGGGUCAACUUGCUUUGCCUUUUCUUUUUAGGGAGGCAGUAUAAGCGCACAGUCACCCCAGGCAAGACUCGGUCCAAUCAUUUUUCAUUUUGUAAGGUUCACUUUGGUGAAGCCAUAUCCGAGUUCUGAACAUGCUUUGCCUUUUCUUUUCAGAAGGCAGUGCAAGCGUAGAGUCACCCCAGGCAAAACCAAGCCUAAUCAAUGUUUAUUUUUAAGGUUCUUCUCCGUGAUGAAGCCAUAUCCGAGUUCUGAACAUGCUUUGCUUUUCGUUUCAGAGGGCAGUGCAAGUGCACAGUCACCCCAGGCAAAACCCAGUUUAAUCUGGUUUCGCUUCAAUGAAGGCUACAGUAACGCAGUACGAAAGAGUGUGAAAGUACAAGAACUACUAUGACGAGGGACACACAGGAGAUCCUUUCGACUCUUAUAAUUCUUGAAUUGUUUCUUCUAUAUGUGGAUGUGUGUGCUUACGCUAUGUACACGCUACAUUCUGAAGCGUGCCUCUGCUUGAAUCAAAGAGGUCACCUGGCCAAAAGGGUUAAGUCUGACAUGGAAAAUAUGUUGGGAUGUUGUGAAGAUAUCCUACCCAAGAACUGUCAUGUUUUUCUUACCUAUAUAAACCUUUGGGAAGUUUUUUUUAACCUCGAAAACAACUUUCUGAUGUAUUCUAUACUGGGUUGGUCAUUACAAAGGUGUAGUUAUCAAAGGUUUUGUCUACGAAAUGUUAAUAAUUCAACUCGGAUGAAUAAUGAAAUACACAGCUGACAUUUCAAUGUUUAGAACUGAAUGCGAAUCUGAAUUACACUUUGGUAAGACAAUAAUUAAAAUGGUGCUCCAUGUCGCUUGAAUGGCUGUUUAUUGGUACAGUUUAUUGGAGGACGAAGUUAGUAACAUCAAUGCGAUUGCCCCACGCUCAAAACUAUCAAAGCAUUCAUUUUGUCUAUAUUAUUAUUCGUUUUAGCAAUGACUGAUCAAUGUAUAUGUUG